AUUUGCAGAUACUAGUAAGAAAUAAAGAUGGCAAUGAUAGAAGGACAAUUGUGUGACACUUCCAACUUAUCAUUUCCAAUGAUACGCCUAGAACGAAGAAGAGCGCUUGAUGUUUUUAUUGAUUUCAUGCUCAAAAAUCAACCCUGUAGAAUAUAUACCAAAGCAACGGCUAAAUGGAAAAGUCGACGGCAAUGGGUGAAACAUGUUAAUGGGAAAAGUGCUAUAAAUGUCGAGUUUUUUAUUAAAAAAUAUGGGCAUAUGGAAGUACCAUUGGUCAAAGAAAGAAUUGAUAAGAUAAUGGAAAAUCGUGAAAAAUGUAUGGAUUAUGAGGAAAAGUCCUCAUCUUCAUGUUCCCUAAACUUUAUGAAAUGUCAGAAAAUGAAGCUUAAGGAUUAUAUUGAGAUAAUGCGAAAGAAUAAUGGGUCAAAUAAUAUUGGCUAUGUCAAAGAUUGGCAUUUUCAGCAAGAAUCGGGGACAUCCUACGAAAUGUAUGGAUUACCAUCUGUUUUACGUUUUGAUUGGAUAAACAAUGAACUAUGGUCAAAUGAUGAGCGUAAUCAACUAGGCGACUAUCGCUUCGUUUAUUUCGGAGCCAAGAAUACUUGGACACCAUUUCAUGCCGAUGUGAUGAGUUCAUAUAGUUGGUCGGCCAAUAUUUGCGGACGAAAGCUUUGGUAUUUUGUACCACCGAACAGGGAAGAAUGCUUUAGAAUUGAUCGUGACACAUUUUUAGAAGAUAUUCGAACGGUUCAAGAUAAAUGGCCUAAAGCUACUGUCAUAUCAUUCAUCCAAGAAGAAGGGGAAAUUGUUUUCGUUCCUUCCAAUUGGUAUCAUCAAGUACAUAAUUUGGAAGAUACAGUUUCCAUCAACCAUAACUUUGUUAAUGCAAGUAAUGUGGAUUUAAUUGUUGAACUGAUAAUCAAACGUCUGAUGGAUAUAGACAGGGAAUUAGCCGAUUGUAGAUCUUGUUUCUCAUCCGAGGAAUACAACAGCUACUGCGAGAAAAUAUUGGCUGCAGAUAUUCGGGUGAACCUAGCGCAACUCAGUUCAUUACUUCAACUUAUUAUAAAGGACCGAGGAAAUGAAGUGAACGAAUGCUGGGUUUGUCCACGACAUCGGUCAUUUCCGGAGUGCAAAAAGGAUGGUAACUGUUUAGAAUUCAUGCGAACAGCAAUCCGGACAAGUUGUUCUUGUCAAAUGGAAAGCAGUGAGAUUUGUAAUAACUGUUUAAAUUUCAUGAAACAAUAUGAAAUUUCUAUUGCUGCUGAAUGCCUUGCGCGAAUUCAUUACAUCGAGAAGGAAAGGAACUGA